GGGGCAGCCGGGCGGGGGUGGUGGUACCGCGGUGGGAGCCCCGGUGAGCACCAGUGUGUCCCGGCAGGGCCGAGGGGUAGCGGGUCGGGCGGUUUUUCGGGCCAUUGUCUCCGUGGGCUGCGGCUGGCCCGGGGCCGCGCGAGCGGUGAAGCUGCAAGGCCGGAGCUCAGCCAGAAGCGGGCGGUGGGGUAGUGCAGUGGUCAGGGAAUUUCCUGAGCUGCCUUUAAUUACUUCAGGCUUUCUUCGAAAUCUGUAGAGGACUGCCUUCUGUCCGAAGUCACCCGCUCUAAUUGACCGUGCUCAAGUCAGGCUGUGUGGGGAGCAGGAGCUUUAUCUGACGCAGGAUGACAGACGGUGUUGUGUUUGUCCCCCAGCACGGUCAUUUUCAGCUCUGGGGACGGCAGUGUUGUGGGUACCGGGGGGCGGGUAGCGGUUACCGGGGCAUUAUGGAGCGGUUAGCGGGACGUUGAGCGCUCGCUAACUCCCGUUCGUAACAAGUCAAACCGCCCCGGUCCAGCUCAGCAAUAUACCGUGCAGAUUCGACGAAAACCACACCGGAUAGAGACCACUGUCAAAGUUUAGAGGCUCAGUGACCACCACGGGUGCCUAAAGAUCCUCCAAGAGCACCGUCUGAGACUAACUGUGCAGACUGAGUCAUUCCCUUUUCUAUCCAGUGCUGCAAUACAGUAUUGCUUGCUUCUUAAUACUACCUUGGUGUUAAAAGAAGGAGUUUUAUCCCCGAUUUUGGGUGACAACAACACAAUGCCUGCCUUGUUCUUUUCUGUAGCUAAAACUAGUUGGACUUCUAUCUCUUGCACCCUUCCAGAACCUCAGAGCUGGCCACCCUCUGCAUUCGGAGGACGACCUUGGGAUCUGCUUUUUUUGCCCUCAUCCAAUCACUUGAAGCUUGGUGAAACACUAUGAUGGCAGCUCAGAUGACCGAUGCUCAUCGACGGUUCUUGCAGGUUCUGAUGUCUAAUGGGAUAACAGAAGGAUCAGAGGCCAGGAAAUUACACCAGCACUGCUGUGAAACUGAUAAAGUUUACUACGCACAUGAUAAACUGGAUGAUUUCAUCAGCACUAUUAAUAGCCACCUGCAGCCUUUGUUUAUGCAGAUCCGGAAAGGAGUAUCGGAAGACAAUGGGAGAGCGCAUUAUGCUGUAGUGAAUUUGGCGGAAACUGAAGUAACUAAAAUGGCAUCUGACUAUACAGAAAUUGAAUUGGAAUUGUUCAGAAAAACAAUGGACCUAAUAAUUUUAUCAGAAAAUGGCUUCGCCUCAUCUACAGAUAUUUUAAACUUGGCUGACCAACUUAAGACAAGGAAAAUGAAGAAAAAGGAAGCAGAACAAGUGCUGAAAGUUUUUGUGGAGGAUAAGUGGCUGUCUGAGAAAAAUGGAGAAUAUACUCUGCAUACUCGGUGCAUAAUUGAGAUGGAACAGUACAUUCUCAGCAACUACCAGGACGUGGCAAGGAAAUGUAACAUCUGUCACAGCCUCGCCAUCCAGAGCCAAGUAUGUGAAUCCUGUGGAAUUGGAAUGCACUUACCUUGUGUCAGAAAGUACUUCAGAGGCCAGACUGAACCCCGCUGUCCCAAGUGUAAUGAAUUCUGGUCUUGUGACACCCCAGGUAUGAGUCGGAUGGGCUCACCACAGAGCUCCACUCUUGGUGCUAGAUGAUGCCAGUAAAACUUGAUGUCAGUGACAUCUCUUUGCUGCCACUCUGGCAGAACAGCCAGACUGUAUUGUAUUCACUUAGUAACAGUGCUCAGUGUACCCAUUUUCUAAAGUUCUAAGAAUCUUAAAAUAAAACUAUCAUUGAUGUUCCUGUUCACAGUAA